AUGAAGAAGCUCCUCCCCCGGUAGUGCGAGCGGGAAGUUUACAUUUUGGCUUCCGUGAGACCGUAAACUGCGCAUUUCUAAAACAUUUUCGUGUUUUUAAUUUUUUUUUUUAACGUAAAAUACGUUUGAGGAGCUUAAACAGGACUAUAGCCAUGAGCACGGAGGAGAAGGAUGUCCCUGCAUCAUCCAGGUGUUUCGGACAGUGCACCUACACAGCUGAGGAGUACCAGGCCGUUCAGAACGCUCUGCAACAGAGGCUGGGACCCGAGUACAUCAGUACCAGGAUGGCUGGAGGAGGACAAAAGGUUUGUUACAUCGAAGGACACCGGGUCAUCAGCCUGGCCAACGAGAUGUUUGGAUACAACGGAUGGUCUCACUCCAUUUCCCAGCAAAAUGUUGACUUUGUGGACCUGAUCAAUGGGAAAUUCUAUGUUGGAGUCAGUGCGUUUGUCAAAGUGCAGCUCAAGGACGGGGCGUUUCAUGAGGAUGUGGGGUACGGAGUCAGCGAGGGUCUGAGGUCCAAAGCCCUGUCUCUGGAAAAGGCGAGAAAGGAAGCUGUGACAGAUGGCAUAAAGAGAGCACUGAAAUGUUUUGGCAAUGUUCUUGGAAACUGCAUCCUGGAUAAAGAGUACCUCCUUGCAAUUAACAAGAUUCCCAAACAGCCUCGUCCGGAUCUGGACCCAGCACAGACCAAGCGGACUGAGGGCCAGCCGUCAAUAGAAAUGGCUCGGUUCUGCAGUCUGGUCAGAGAUCAAAAUCCAUCGAGCGUAGCAGAACCUGCCAGGGUGCCACUGGAACCCCGAGUCUUCAAUCAGAGGCACUCAGAGGUCCACCUUUCUAGUGCAGCUGGCUCUGCACCCAACAUAAAGAGCGAGAACGUCCACUUCAAAUCAACUGCAGACCCUGCGAAUGUCGUCGUGUCCGCCCCAAACACGGACCCCAAACAUCUGAGAAAGCUUCGACAGCAGCAGCUGCAGCAGAAAUUCAGGAUGGAGAUGGAGGCCAAGAAGCUGCAGCAGAAACUGGAACAGGCAAAGUCUGAGGAGGCGGAAGUGGCUAUUGGACGAAGAUCUACUGGAGGUGAGGAUGGCACAGCUGUGUUUAGCAACAACACAUCUGAAAACAAGACCGGCUGCAGGAACGCAUGUUUAACAGACGACCCUGAACUCUGGGAUUUCACUUUGGAUGGGAUCGAGGAGCUGGAUGUCCCCACAGGAGCAGCUUCUCCCAGAGGGACCAGGCCCAGAACACCGGGGAACCAUCAGAUGCAGACGCGCAGUAAAACCCCUCAGAGAGCUUCGGACAGAAAUCCUGAGGCCCAGUCAACCAGCAGAGUCCAACACUACAGCAGUCACUAUCAGGGGAGACCAGGUGAGGCCUUCAGUCCUUACAGACAAGGACAGGGACUGAAAAAACGCAGGCUGGACACAUGAGACUUUACUCUGCCUUAAAAUCAAAACCUCACUUUGUUUUUAUUUAUUUUGAUCUAACUUGUAUUCCUGUUGCACAUAAUUACUCCUGUUAAAAUGUUUGCACUGCAUCUGUCAAAGAAAAACCCAUCUGCACCAUUUUUGGUCUUAAAAUAAAGUCUGUACAAAGUCAGAAUAAAAUGAGCAGACCCUCUUCUCAACAACGUGACAAAUGACA